UUGGAUUCGAUUGCAAAGAAGAAGAAGACGCGAGAUGUCGAAUACCUGGUUUAUUUGACUUUUGGUGUGUUUAUUUAGUGUUUGAUUUGGAAGGAGAGUUAUUGGAGUGGAUUGAAAGAUGUUGGCGUGUACGCGUUUAGCUACACGGUGUGUAUGCUUGCAUAACUGCCAAGGUCUAAUGCAGCGGGGAGUGCAGGCUACAUGUGCUUCGCUGUAUGGGAAUCAACUUCAUUUCCUGGAGUCGCGACAAGCAAACCGGCCAGGACAGAGUUCACUCUCCUUUUCGACAGGAGUAAUUCAAUCAGACGAUAUCGGCAUAUUCAAAAAGGCUCUAAAACGAUUUGGAUUCGCGGGCAGUGAAAAGGCUCGUCUCAAAAUGGUAAGCUUCCUGCUAUAUGAAGAUGUGGCUGAUAAAAUCAUCUACCCGGAAUUUUUUGACGAAUUCAAUCUACCAAAUACGUUCAAUUCAUGGUUUCUAGUCACAGAGUUGCACGUUUGGAUGCUGCUAUUGCGAGCGAUGGCCGAAGGAAGCGAAUCAGGUGAAGACGGUAGAUUUAUCCGCAAUAGCAUUGUCGAAGCCAUGUGGGCGGAUGUGAACACCCGAGCCAAGAAACUAGGAGCCAACAAUCCAUCCGGCACGCGAGCACAAAUCGAAAUACUCUCGGAACAAUUUCAAGCUGCGCUCAUAGCUUAUGAUGAAGGUGUCAUGUCUGAUGACAAAGUCCUCGCGGGAGCUCUGUGGCGGCGAUUUUUUGAAAAGAACUGUGAAAACUAUGUUCUGUUGGAACGUUUAGUUAGUUACGUACGACAACAAGUAAAAAUGCUAGAUUCAUUGAAUAGGGAAGAUUUUAUAGGGAAACCGAAGAUUCGGUGGAUUCCGUUGAAAGAUGUUAAAUGUUAGGAAUUAAAGAGGGCAAAGUUUUUUGGUUAUAAGUAGACAAUUUUAGGAAUCAAGGUGGGGCGCAUUAAACGGGAUAUCAUUUUUGAUAUGCCUUUCAAAUCAAACUGAAAUUGCUACCAAAACGAGCAUAUUAAAUAAGAAAAUACAUACAAGUUAAGAAAUA